AUUUAGCCGAACACAACAACAACAACUACCAGAAAAAUAUUUAUUAUUUAACAAAUUAAGUAUUAAAACACGUUUACUCAGAAGUUUUGAUCUCUAUAUAAAUAACAAGGUUUUCCGGGUUUGUUAAAUAGUGGAAUGGAAUCCAAGGCAAACAAUACAGAAUGACCACUAUAUUGUGAUCGAGAGAUUGAAUAAUCAGCGGCCAGUAAGUGAAGUGACCCUUUUAUAUUUACACUUAUGCAAACUUAUUUGUUGAUUAAGAUGAUGACUCGUCAAAUAUAGUAAUCAAGUGACGUUGACGCCACCUUCAAGAUAAUCUAGUGACACUGUGUUGAUCAAGAGAUGUUGACAAAUGGGAACCUGUGCAUUGAUUUAGAGAUAUUGGCAAAUGCAAACUUCUCUGCCGAUCGAGAGAAAGCAGCAUCACGUGACAACUACUGUGAAAUUCCAGUCAUGUUGACAUCCCAUUACAGCUUUUAUCACAACAAUAAGGAUCAGUUUUGGUGCGACCUCUGCGGGCAUGGUCUGCGGGACCAGAUAAGCUUGAGACAGCAUGUUGCGGAGCACAUUGUUGAUCUCAUCCCAGACAAAAAUGACUCCAAUUCCAGCCAAACUUUUCAUGCAGGCUGUGUGAGUAAACAAGUACCUGAAACUGAUGGAGAUAUGAAAAAAACCAUAGAAGACACUUCACUAGGGGCUACUGACUGUCAGGAGACUGCUGGGUGUAGGUACACAUGCUCAGUAUGCAAGGCAGAGUUCUCAGAGUUGCUGGCGUUCAGAAAACACCAACAUGUACACAAAAUAAUAGACAUAACUUCUUCAAAUGAAAUCGCGCUUCAAGUCAAUAACGGGAUUCCUUCAAGAGAACUCACUUAUCCUAUAAGGAUUGGCAGCGGAGAGCGAUCACAUGUGUGCAGCGUGUGUGGAAAGGGCUUUCUCUUCAUCUCCUCUCUCACUAGGCAUAUGGGAAUUCACACAGGAGAGCGGCCACACAGUUGCAGCGUGUGUGGAAAGGACUUUCUCACCAAUUCCGAUCUCACUAAGCAUAUGAGGCAUCACACAGGAGAGCGGCCUCACAGUUGCAGCGUGUGUGGAAAGAGAUUUGCCACCAAAUCCAAUCUCACUAGGCAUAUGAAGUAUCACUCAGGAGAGCGGCCUCACAGUUGCAGCAUGUGUGGAAAGAGAUUUGUCAUCGGCUUCGACCUCACAGUGCAUAUGAGAAUUCACACAGGAGAGCGGCCACAUUGUUGCAGCGUGUGUGGACAAGGAUUUGCCACCGGCUCCAGGCUCACAACGCAUAUGAGGAUUCAUACAGGAGAGCAGCCACAUAGUUGCAGUGUGUGUGGAAAAGGCUUCCCCUUUAGCUCCAAACUCAUUUAUCAUAUGAGGAUUCAUACAGGAGAGCGGCCACAUAGUUGCAGUGUGUGUGGAAAGGGAUUUGUUUCCAAUUCUGAGCUAAUUUCUCAUAUGAUUUAUCAUACAACAAAGCGGCCACACAGUUGCAGUGUGUGUGGAAAGGGAUUCAGACACGGCUCAAAACUCACAACACAUAUGAGGAUUCACACGGGAGAGCGGCCACACAGUUGCAGUGUUUGUGGAAGGGGAUUUACCACCAAUGGUAACCUAACUCAGCAUAUGACGAUUCACACGGGAGAGCGGCUAUUCAGUUGCAGCGUGUGUGGAAAGGACUUUGUCAGUAAGGCCCAACUUAAUAUGCACAAGUGGUGUCAUACAGGAGACCGACCACAUAGUUGCAGCGUGUGUGGUAAGGGAUUUACCUCCGCAUCGGACCUCAAAACGCAUAUGAGAAUUCACACAGGAGAGCGGCCACACCGUUGCAGUGUUUGUGGAAAGAGAUAUGUCAGCAGUUCAGCCCUCUCUCAGCAUAAAAGGAUUCACACGGGAGAGCGGCCACACCGUUGCCGUGUUUGUGGACAGGGAUUUGUCUCCAGUACACACCUCACAUAUCAUAUGAGAAAUCACACGGGAGAGCGGCCAUUUAGUUGCAAUGUUUGUGGAAAGGGAUUUAUCAUCAGUUCACACCUCACUAAGCAUAUGAAGCAUCACAUGGGAUAGCGGCCACACAGUUGCAGUGUUUGUGGAAAGGGUUUUGUCACCAGGUCCGACUUAAAAAAACAUAUUAGGAUUCACACGGGAGAGCAGCCACACAGUUGCAGUGUUUGUGGAAAUGGAUUUAUCACCGGGUCCGACCUCAAAAAGCGAAUGAAGAU